AUGUCACUAAGCAAUGAUUAUGACUUCUCUCUUACCGGAGAAUGUCUGAUCAAAAUGUGCGAAGAUGCCUACCUUGCAGGAUAUCAUUCGAUAACAUUGGUUCUGCAUCCUCCGACCAAGAUUACAGUAAAUUCUAGCGAUGAAGAUGGCAUGGAAUAUGUCCAUAUAAUACAUAAUUCAAACCCACUGACAACAACAAGUAACGAUAGACUUUCAGAUGAGGCUGAAUCCGACGAUUCGAACGGAUCUGAUAUUACUCAAGAAAGAGCAUCGCUGCAAGAUGAAAAAACUUUCCCAGAGAAAAAAUCAGAAACAUCCGAGUCUGAUUCCUUAAAAAUUACCGAUAUCCACUUUCUACAACGAAAGGAACGAAACGAAAUUGCAGAACUUUUAGCGGAUAUUCAUUCACCUACUAAUCAAGCCCCCAGAUACAAAGUAUCGGAAAAGAUUCCAGUCGAACUUCUCAAGGAUAAACUGAAAAGAGAAUACGCAUUGACCAUGAUGCAAACGAGACAUUUUGCACUGAGUGGUCGGAAACCAAAAUUAGCAACUGACAAAGAUACAAAAUUAUAUACGAAAGGAUUGAAAGCCGCUUAUAGGUUAGGGGCGGUUUUUGCAUUUGCUCUAAGUCACCCAAAACUCAUUACUUGGGACGAAAUAGUUGAGGCUACGUCUGCAUCACCUGAUGACUUGCGAAAAGCGAUCAAAUUCGCAAUAAGGAUUUAUGAAUUGUUCAAGAUUCUAGGCAACGAGGCAUUUAACAAGGCUCAGAAUAUGCAACUCAACUUUAUGAACAGGCUAGACGAUGAACAAUACAGUGUUUUAAUCGAGUGUUUAAAAAGUAUCAAGAAAACCAAAUAA